ACCAUAUAUUUUGUGUAUUCUGUUCCUGAUUAGAGAACACUUUAUUUUGUCCUUUAUGGGCCUUGUUUACCUUAAUUUCCAUAGAACCUGCACGUGGCUCACCUUUCACCCAAUUGAUUGCCUGGGACUGGCCAGGGCCUGUGUCGGUUGCACUGGCAUUGGUUGUCCUGGCCCCGCUUUCUCUCCUAGCUCUGUCUCUUAGUGUAUUUAUUUCUCAGGCCUGCAUCGCACACUGGGCAGGUGGGGACUAGGAACUUACUGCAGGAAUCUGGCAGUUCGGCACAUGUAAAAUGUGAGCUCAGAAAGGUAUGAAACACGGAAGGUAUGGGUUUCUUCACAGAAUUCAUCUAUGACAAAGACAGCUGAUUGUCAAAGCAAAUCUAAAAUGCGCGCGUGUGUGUGUGUGUGUGUGUGUGUGUGUGUGUGUGUGUGUGUGUACCUGGCUGCUGAAAAUCUCUUGAGCUGAGGGGGAUCAUUUGUUGAUGUAAGGAUUUUUUCUGUGCAAUUUUCUGUGUCUCAUGAUGAAAAGUAACAGAAAAGUGGACAUGGCUACAAUGUAUCAGUCUGGUCACUUCCCAGAGUUCCCAUCACUACCACUACAGAGACCCUUGGGGCGUGGGGCACAGUCCUCACUUCCAAGCGCCUUGUGCCUGGGCUGCACAUGGGGGACACAGGAAGUGGGAGGCACGGGCCACCCUCCAGCUCUCUGUGGGCCUCACAACUUCCAUGGUCACUGGGGCAGGGACGUGGGAGAAGGAGAGGCCAGAACCUGGGCUGGGACCCCAAGCCGGGUGUGGGGAGUAGGAGGCCCCACAGGGCCUGGCCCCCGCCGCUCCUGUCCAGGACAGCGGGGGUCCCGCGCCGCGGGUGGCAGGAGGCUGAGGAGCAAUGCAAGGAGCAGGGCAAAGGUGGCCGGAGGGAGCCAGGCGGAACCAGGCAAGCAUGAGGCCCAGGCCAGCGAGGGGGGACAGAGCCGGGGAGGGACAGCAUCAGAGCCGAGUGCGGAGAGCAGAUUCUGGGGCUCAGCAGGCAGAAAGGCGGCUGUGCAGGAGGGAGCCCUGGAGACCCCGUGGGGAUGGAGCCACCUUCGGCUCAGCUGGCCUCCCUGGCCAAGGAUGAAGAGCCGCAGCCCUGGGGGAGCCUGGGGGGCCCUGGUCAGCGCCCCAAGACGAGGAGGGGAGCAGAGGACAUGGAGUCUGGGGCCAAGGAGGAGGCGCGGAGAACCCCGCGCGCCCGGGGGCGGUGGCCCGGCCUAGGCGGAUCUCGGUCCGACCCCGCCCACCCUCGGGCCGCGCCGCGGUGCAGCCAGGAGCGGAGCGCGGGCCGCAGCCGGGCCAUGGCGAAGGCGCGCGCGCGCUGGGGGCACCCGCUGCAGUUCCUGUUCGCCUGCAUCUCCUACUCCGUGGGCCUGGGCAAUGUAUGGCGCUUCCCCUACCUGUGCCAGACGCACGGCGGCGGCAGUUUCCUGGUCCCCUACCUCAUCAUGCUCAUCGUGGAGGGAAUACCGCUCCUGUACCUGGAGCUGGCGGUGGGGCAGUGCAUGCGGCAGGGCAGCAUCGGCGCCUGGAGGACCAUCAGCCCCUAUCUUGGAGGCGUUGGCAUGGCCAGCGUGGUGGUGUCCUUCUUCCUCUCCAUAUACUACAACAUCAUCAAUGCCUGGGGCUUCUGGUACCUCUUCAACUCCUUCCAGGACCCCCUGCCAUGGUCCUUCUGCCCCCUGAAUGCAAACCGCACAGGCUACGAGGAGGAGUGUGAGAAGGCUUCAUCCACGCAGUACUUCUGGUACCGGAAGACCCUGAACGUCUCGCCAUCCAUCCAGGAGACUGGGGCUGUGCAGUGGGAGCUGGCGCUGUGCCUCGUCCUGGCCUGGCUGAUGGUGUACCUGUGCAUCCUGCGGGGCACCGAGUCCACGGGCAAGGUGGUAUAUUUCACGGCGCUGCUGCCCUACUGUGUGCUCAUCAUCUACCUGGUCAGAGGCCUCACCCUCCAUGGAGCCACCAAUGGCCUGCUGUACAUGUUCACUCCCAAGGUGGAGCAGCUGGCCAACCCCCGGGCCUGGAUCGACGCAGCCACGCAGAUCUUCUUCUCUCUGGGCCUGGGCUUUGGCAGCCUGAUCGCUUUUGCCAGCUACAGCGAGCCCUCCAACAACUGCCAGAAGCACACCAUCGUCGUGUGCCUCGUCAACAGUGCCACCUCCAUCUUCGCCAGCGUGGUCACCUUCUCUAUCUACGGCUUCAAGGCCACCUUCAACUACGAAAACUGCUUAAACAAGGUGAUUCUGCUGCUGACCAAUUCUUUUGACCUUGAAGAUGGCUUUUUGACAGCCAGCAACCUGGAGCAGGUGAAGGGCUACCUGGCUUCCACCUACCCGAGCAAGUACAGCGAGGUGCUCCCACUCCUGAAGAACUGCAGCCUGGAGUCGGAGCUGGACACGGCGGUCCAGGGCACGGGGCUGGCCUUCAUCGUCUACACCGAGGCCAUUAAGAACAUGGAGGUGCCCCAGCUGUGGUCGGUGCUCUACUUCUUCAUGCUGCUGACGCUGGGCAUGGGGAGCAUGCUGGGCAACACGGCGGGCAUCCUCACGCCCCUGACCGACAGCAAGGUCAUCUCCGGCCACCUGCCCAAGGAGGCCAUCUCAGGUCUGGUUUGCCUCGUCAACUGUGCCAUCGGCUUGCUGUUCACCAUGGAAGCCGGGAGCUACUGGUUCAACAUCUUCAAUGACUACGCGGCCACGCUGUCCCUGCUGCUCAUUGUGCUGGUGGAGACGGUUGGCGUGUGUUACGUGUACGGGCUGAGGAGAUUCGGAGCCGACCUCGAAGCCAUGACCGGCCGCGCCCCGGGCUGGUACUGGAAGGCCAUGUGGGCCUGCGUGAGCCCGCUGCUCAUCGUCGGCCUGUUCCUCUUCUACCUGAGCGACUACAUCCUCUCGGGGACCCUGCAGUACCAAGCCUGGGACGCCACCCAGGGCCAGCUGGUGACCAAGGACUACCCCGUGUACACAGUUACUGCCAUCGGGCUGCUUGUGGCCGCCUCCACCAUGUGCAUCCCCCUGGUGGCCCUGGGGACUUUCGUCAUGCGCCGCCUUAAGAAGGGAGACAGGGCCUUCAAGGCCUGAGAGCUGGGCCCCCAGAGCCUGCAGUCAGCCCCCCACUGCCUCACUACAGCCUCCUGGGUUCUUUUUAAAUUAUUUAAGCCCAAAGUGCUCCACCUGUCUGCUUCCCGAAUCUAUAAUCAGUUAUAACAGACUCUUCUGAACUCAUAACACCCUAAUACAUCUCUAGACCUAUAUUUCCCUCACCUACAAUUUAUAUUUUUGUUGCUACAAUUUAACAUGGCCAGUUAUAUUUGGUCACUUUGACUGUUCAUAUCAGAGCACUGAAAGAUCUAUGUCCACCAGUAUAGUAAUGGAGUAUUCUGAAUUUGAUUACAAAUGUGCUUCUCUUUA